AUGGAGAAUCGGCAAGGUGUGAAAGAUGGAGCAGAUAAUGUGCCGCAGCAGCAGCAAGGCAAGGAAACCAAACAAUCCUGGCCAGGCAAACACGCAAGGAAUCAAAAACUCAUGCCCUCCCUCUGGCUCUGCAAGGAAGGUGCCAACAGUGGUGGUAAUGGUGGUGGUGUUGGUGCUGCUGCUUUGCGGCUUUGCGUGCUUCAAGAACGCCCAGCGCUUUCUGCUCUUGGGCAUUGA